AAAUAAUAAACAAGUAAGGGUAUUGUUCUCAUAAAAUCUCUUCUCUCUUUUCUAAUUUUAUGGACUUUGUAAAUGAGUUAGUUGAUUCAAAUUUGAAUUUGAAAUCGGAAGUGGAUGGAAGUCAAGCUGACUCUUCCAUUCCAUCUUUUACUGCUGAUAAGGGGGCUUUGAAGGUAAGGAAAGGCGAGAAGAAGAUGCAAGAGAAAGUUUCAAUCACUGGUGUGUCUUUGCUCGACGGUAAAAUUGAACAUAGGAGCAAGAUGAUGCAAAAAGAGUGGAAUUGGUUAAAGGCUGGAAAUUUGAAUUCUCCGGCUAAGAAAAAGGGUCUCAAAAUCAAGGGUUCAGAAGCGCAAACGGUGCCACUUUUAGUGGAAUUAAUGGAGAGACAUGAUGCGGAUAGGGCUGCUCAGUGCAAGUAACGAGGGCCUUUUAUGUUUUGGUGGUGGAGUGAAGAAUUGCUUGUUGUUGCCAGGUCAUCUUCCAGGGCUUAAGUUGUUGUCUACAGUGGAGUUUAAAGAAGCAUGAAGGAUUGAUCGAAGCGUUUUGCCUGGCUUGUGGGGAUUUUUUGUUUCAAGUUUGUUUGUUAUCAACUUUUGAUAUACUGAGUUUUGUGUCCAUUAGAAGCUGUGAGUAUAUCUGUUUUGAACUCUUUUUUAUACGAGGUUUCUUUUGUAACUAUUGUGAGAAUUUGUGUUUUGAAUUUAUUUUGAAAAAAUGUGUGGUUAAGUUUAUCAGUUACUUGUUAUGAUUUUUGUUGUGAUAAGGUUGAGUAUCUCUUUUAUUGUAUUAAUAAUUUUUUGGUCAAAGC